UUUUUAAUUUUCGUUGUUCUUUCAGUUGUACUCUUACUCCUGUGAAGCAUAUGAAAGCUGCAGAACAAUGAGGCGGAACGAUACCAGCCAAUCACAGCAGAGCAGGCGGCCAAAGCCAGCCAAUCAGUGGUGCGGAACGUCUAGACCGAUCUCUAUGGCAUCUGCGAGGAGAGCGGACAAGGAGAAAGCAUGAGAGAGUCAUGUGAAUGCCGAGGAUGAGGCACAAACAGCUGGCAGCAAAGCGGACGAGUCGAGGCUUUCCACAGCCAAAAAACUCCUUCAGCUCUUCGCCAAGAAAUGAAUACGACCACCCAGCCCCCGCACAUCAUCAACGACAACGUGUCGGUCGGCUAUGUGUUGCUCCCUUUCUUCCUCAUCACUUUAAUUGGGAUUAUUGUAGCAGCGGUGAUGUACUUCAGGAGGAAGCAAAGGAUUGACAGGCUGUGGCACCAGCUGCUUCCAGUUUACACAUACGACCCUUCAGAAGAGCUGAGCGAGGCUGAGCAGGAGACGCUGUGGAGAGAGGAGGACACCAAGGUGGUUCGGGGCUGGAUGAAUAAUUACCAGCAACACUGGCCUCUAACGAAGGACCCUAAUGCCUGAGGAGUGAGGUGCCGAGCUGGAAACUGGUAAAAACUGGAGUGACCAUGGUGUAGCACAGCGGCUGUGGUUUAUUGGAGGCCAUGGUUCAGUCACAGCCAUUUCCAUGGUUUUGCUCGCUGUGUUACGGUCUCAGUCAUCUUACCUUUGGCCCUUCUUUGUAGUCCUGAAAGCUGUGCUAAUGCUGGCUGUAAAGCACUGGACUCUGUGGGAUGGAGAGAUAUUUACUCCUCUGGUCACAUGAAGUCAGCAAGACUGAGAAUUCACCUUCUGCAUUUGCGUAUUUAUGACCGACUGUUCUCUGACCUCUGUGCUACGACUUUUAUUCUGCUUUUUCAAUUUUUUAGGUCACUUGCUAUAGAAUUCACAUUACCAGUUAUGUUUCUUACAUUUUAACUAUGCAUAUACAUAGAGGAGCGCUGCUAAACAACACUGCAGUGCUGGCUGUUUCGACGUAUAUAUCGUCACAGCGUCACUGUCAAAACAAAACCUUGCAUCAUAAAUUGGUACUUUUUCAGGAGGGCUUUAACUUUUAAUGUUACAUCUUUAAUGAACGGCUGGCAUUUCCACAUGGUGAUAAAGGGCCUAUAUAAUGGAAAAGAUGUUUUAAGCUUAAAUUAGACUUUAAUGCAGUAUGUAAACAUUGUCAAAGUUUUAAAACUUGCCAUUCACUCCCCAUAUAUACAAAGUAAGUUGUAGAAACAGCUUGUCAUGAAAUUCAACAUGUUUACAAGUAUUAAACAGUUUAGCCCCACCCUUA